AUGCCCAGGUCGUUGCCGUUGGUGCUUCCGGCACAGUUCCAAGUUGAAAUGGUUGAUGCGGGCGAGAGGGACAUCGAUUUUGCCUUGCUGAGGCAUUUACUGUGUGAGGAGCUUGGGGACUUCAAAUGUGACGUAAGAGAUGGGACAGCAUUCUUUGUCCACAGGACGGCCCCCGGCAAGACAGAGCUCGUCGUGCUGAGGUCAGCUGUAGAACGCUUGGAUGGCCUCGUGAACCACAGGAAGAUGUCCUUCUUGAGCGUCGUCGGCAAGCCCCGGGAGGGAAAGAGCACGUUGCUGGAGCUCAUGCGCCGGCAUUGCAGCGAGUACGACGGAGGAGCGCUUUUCAAAUGCUCCGACGCCACGGAGAAGGCAUGCACGAAGGGGCUGUGGGUCUCCAUGCAGCCUUUGACGGCCCCUGGUGCCCUGAACAGGGACACGGCCCUGCUCUUCCUGGAUUCCGAGGGCCUUUUUGCCGAAGACGGCACGGACCCGGACUACUUUGUGCGGCUCUUCACCAUCACCUGUGUCCUGUCCAGUGUCAUGAUCCUGAACAACAAGAUCAGCAACACCGUGGAUGAAGGCUUCAAGGCACCCCUGUAUCGCCUGGCGGUGCAGUACAAAAGCUUCUUCGACAAGAACGAGUGGAUCGAAGAGCACAAGCCGAAAGUCCUCUACUUGGCAAGGGACUGGAACUCUCUUCAGAACCUCGAGCAGGACCAAGCGGCGUGGGUUGAGGCUUCCGACCGGCUGUCCUCCCGAAAGAGCGAUAUGCGGGACAGCAUGCGGUUCAUAAGCGACGCCUUCGGGACGGUUUCCUUCGGCACGCUCCCCAGCCCUGUUCCUGGCGUCAACAAGGAGGAUGUUGUGUCCAAGGUCCUUGAAGUAGGCUUCCGGGACAAGCUGGGUGCAAUCCUUGCAAAGCACGUCUGGCCAAACUUGUCCCCCAAGCAGUUCGAGUCGGACGGCAGAACUUGCUUCCUGAAGGGCUCCGAGCAGUUGCUGGAGCUUCUGCAAGACACAGUCAAGGCCGUUUCGACAGAAAGCCUGCCGUGGCACGCAACGCUGCACAAAGUCAGGGAGAAGGCGGCGCUGGAAUGGCUGUGUGGCGAGGUGCAGAAGCUGGCUGCAGAGCUCGAACAGCAGUUCAACUAUGUGGAUGCACGAGCCAGAUCCGACCCCAUCGCUCUGAAGGACUUGGCACAGCGCGCCCGGCAUGCCCAGCUGGAGGUCUUCGACGAGACGCGGGGCCGCGGCAGCGCGAGCGAGCCGCAGGGUCCCCGCCUGAGGGUGUCCGGUCCACUCGAGAAGCUUCGGAGCUUCCUCGGGGACCUUCGCAUCGAGGCUGUCCAGAGCCUUGGCGCUGCCUCCAGGACAUUUUUGAUCGUGCCCUUGAAGAUCCAGGACCUCCUGCGCCAGAUCGCCGAAGGCCGCGAGGGGCUCGCGCAGCCUGCUGAGACGGAGCUGGCGCCGCUGGGCUACUCGCCGCAAGCCGCGGCUGCCUCCUUGGACUCUGCAUUUGACAAGCAGACGAAAACGCUGGUUGUGGCAGCGAGGGAUCUUGGCCAAUCCUGCGUGGGCAGAGAGAUUCAGUGCAUUCGGCAAGUCUUCGACGAAGGGGCCAAGCGUGCGACAAGUCCUGAGGAGUUGCAAAAACUUCUGGAGGAGAAGCAUCAGCUCCUUCAUUCACUGUCCGAAGUUUAUGGCUUCGCGAGCGACUGGACGGCAGCAGAGUUGGACCUGGAUAAAGCCAGGGAUCAGAUCCUUGCCCAACCUUCUGCAACGGUGCAGAAAGAGGUCUAUCGGGCAUUUCGUCGUAAGCUUAGAGCCUCUGCCUCACAAGAAGCUACCUGGGAGGAGGCCCUGAAACAGUCAAGCGGCGAGCAGCUCUUUUCAAUGACUAUGUCCGCCCAAGAGAAGGAGCUACUCAAGAGCUUCCUGGUUGACCACAUCUUUCCUUCCGAAGAGCUGCCAAAGCUCUGCCGGCAUGUGCCGGAGGAGGUUCUCACAGCUUGGCUGUCGAAGGACAUCGAAGAGUGUGAAGCUGCCUUGUGUCAGGAGAGGCGCCGGAGGCUCCAGAAAGAGCUGCUUCGCCUGGUGGCACGCUUCAAAGUGGAGAGCAGCGUGAUCGUGGAAGUCUGCCAAGACUUUCUCCAACCUGGCCGAAACCCCAGCCGGCAGGUUUUGGGGCAGCUGCUCAGGACGGCCCUGCAAGCCCACUGCGCCAGGGUGCAGCUGGACUUCCUGCCCUGCAUCGAGGAGACGCAGAAGCUGGUGCAGCAAGAUCCGCCCAAGCCAGAGGAGCUGGGCACCAGCUAUGCCGAGACGGUCACGGCCGCGCUCUGCGUGGAAGCGUGGCAGGACCUGGACGCUGCAGGCUUCGGUGACUACCAGCUGGCUGUCUUCACCGAGGACAAGGAGAAGCUGAAGAAGAUGAUCAAGGAUUUCGGAGUUCGCAGUUUCCACGUGCAGGGUUUGGAAACAUCCGGCGCCAGCUUCAAGGUCAUUUUAAAUUCGGAGGGGGACCUCUUGAAGCUUGUGAGAAUGAGGAACGUCAAGAUGUUCCAGCAACUUGGCGUUUGGCUGCCCAGCGCCCGGUGGGCAUCCAGGUACUACGAGAAGGCCCUACAAAGCUGGGAGCGGCAUGUCUUAACCUCCAGCAGAAACAACGACCUCAUACAGUACAAGGACAGCUUUGAGGAGGUGGCCAGAGGCUACGACUCGGGCGAUGUCUUCCAUGCGGGGGGUGAGGAGAUCUCAGUUCGGUCUCGCUUUAGCCUCGUUCUUUACCCAUUCCCGGCGUACGCGGCAGUGGCGGCCCGUGAAGUUGAGAUUGCGGACGGUGUGCAAGUCCUCUCCCUGGCGAUUGUUGGGCCAUCUGACUGCCAGAUGGCGAUCGCUUGGGUGGAGGCAAGCAGAGAUGUGAAGAAUAUUUUCCAGCGACCCAUUCUGUGGAUGGUCUCUUGCAGAGAACAGAAGGUCUCCGUAGUGGCGAUGGCCAAGAGUGCGGAGUGGGUUUGGUCUUCAGACCCACCAGCUGACGUGCAGUCUGCAUGGGACGAGGAGCAGAGGCUCGAUGCUGAGAAAGCGGCGGAGCAGCGUCGACUCGAAGUGGAGAAGGAGAAGGAGGCGAAGGCUGCCAGUGAGGCAGAAGAGGAAGAGCGGCGGCGCGCCGAAGAGGCUGCUGCUGCGGCCGAGGCCGCUUUGGCGACGGAGGCUGCGGCUUCAGCUUCUGCUGCGGCUCAGGAUGAUGAGGUGGCAGCUUCUGUUCCUGCCACAGUCGACCUGCCAGUUGCCACGCCGGGCUCCGAGGUUGUGGCUCCGGAUGCUGGCCCAUCCGCACCGGGGGCAGAUGAGCCGGAAGUGCCAGUUGUGAUGAGCCUGUUCGAGAAGAUGUUCCAAGACGACGAGAUGUUUGAUGAACUGAAGCAAAAUUCCGUCAGCGACAUCCUAAACAAAGAGGCCGUGCACCAAGUGCUUGAACUCAGCCAGGAUCUCGCGGAGUGCCCUCCCAGCGAAUGGUGCCCAAAGCUGUACCAGCAGAAGUUCGACGAAGUCAAAGAUCUGCCGCUACCGCCAGGCUACAAGGACCCAAGGGCUCUGCCUUAG